UCCAGAGUGACUGUUUUUCGACUUUCUUUUAGGGGACAUUUCCAGCCGGUACAUUGGGGACUCGGGGCAAAUGAACAUUGGUCCGCCGCUGCAGGCCAACGAAACCACAUACACAGAAACUGAAGCCACCAGCAGUAAUGCGCCACAGACCCAGCUCACGCGCAAGCAGGCGGGGGCAGUCGGCGCAACCACAUCAGCGGUACGCGGCCUGCUUCUCCAACCGCUCUACCUCUGGUAUCGUACACCGCUCAAACUGUUUCGCCCCUUGCGUGUCGACUAUUUGGCUACAGCCCGCGCGCUGCUGCCACAAGAGGUGCUGUCACGGCGAGUCAGCCUACGCGGGUCGUCGCUGGGCAUGAUUACUAACGCCGUGAAGCAGCGCGGGUGGUCGUUUUUGCCGCGGUAUGUGAUUCAGCCGAUGCUGGCCAACUGGAUUGUUGGAUUCACGCUAUUCACAACGUAUACAGCAGCUUUGCCCUCGGCGUAUAUGGCAGCAUCGAGCCAGUACUCGAUCAACAGCCAGGAGCAGCUGCCAUGGUACCCGCCAUUUGUUGCUGGUGCGGCAGCUGGCCUGGCACAGUCAGUGGUAGCAACACCGCUUGACUCGCUGCGCGUGAGGUUCGAGGUUCAGGAUAUGGUCAACGGGCGGUACCACAGCUGGUGGAGCUUUGUGAAGGGACAGCUGUCGGACGAUGGCUGGCGAGGUCUGUAUCGUGGAUUCAAACUCACUAUGCUGAAGGACGUGGCCGGGUAUGCUGGAUUUUUUGGGCUGUUUGAAUGGAUCAAAAACGAGACUAUCGAUUUAUACCGCGACCUGAUUCGGGUAGCGUGCACAGCCGACAUUUUCGAAUCCGACUCUGAUAUACAGAGGCUAACCAGAGAACGGGCUGCGGAGCUGCGCGGGCUGCUGAAUCAGGAUCCAGAGAUGAUCGAGGCGCAGGGGUGGAUCAUCCGCAAUCCGAUAUUUGUACUGCCCGCGCUGUUCCUGCCGCCCAUUCUUGGGAAGCCGGCCUGCGUGCUGUUUGCUGGUGGUGUAGCCGCCUUGGCGUACCAGGCGAUUGACUACCCUCUGGAGCAGUUCCGUGCUCAGUUGUACUCGGAGGUGGCCAGUGGUGAGGUGAUGAAGCAAAAGGUGUCAAGACAUUUUCUGGUGGGCGUCAAAAAUGCACACAGCACCAAAGGCAUGCCGUGCUCGCUACCGCCAGGCAGAAUUAUCGCCCAAAUCACACCGUACCGGGUAGCAUGGCGGUCGCUGAAAGACGCUGCAACCAGGGAGUAUCCACGGCCGGUAAAGAGCGAGCUGUUCAAGAGCGCUCUGGCCAUUCGUAGUCUGUAUAACGGGUGGGCAGGUGUGGCGUUGCGAUCGAUCCCGGCAGCAUCGCUGGGCCUGGUUGCAUACGAGAUGCUGAAGAGCCAGUUAUAGGACGAUGCCCAUUUUGUUAGAUCACUGUAGAAUACACAUGAAUGCCCGUG